AUGGUGAAGCUAGCAUCGGCACGAGAAGGCCGAAUGUACGGACCCCGGCUGGCCCGAAGCCGGUCGGAGUACAUAAACGCGGGCCUAUACGUGUUCGCCACCAUUGUGCUUCUCAGUGGGUUUGCGGCUCAGUUCUCAGGCGAGCCAAAGUCUGGUCUUGUGCUUUUGCUCAUAGCCGUGGCGCUUAUAAUAAUGGUUAAUGUGCAUGACCUUGUGGCGCAUCUUGCUGGGGUCGAUUACCGCUUGCAGUUGAUGGGGUUCGACCCGCAGCUCGCGCUCGUGGAGCUUGCUGUUCCGCUGGUUCAGGUUCUGGGAUCGCUUCUUUUCUUCUUGGGGAUCCUUUUUCUUUUUAUUCAGGAAGAGAAAGGAUAUGGUUACUUCAAAUUGGAAAAGCAUGGUAUGAACAUGCUCAUUGCUGGCUCUGUUUUAUGGAUGCUUGGAUCGAUCCACAACUCAUGCCAAAUCUAUGAGAGAGCUGGUGGGCAUGUCCAAAUAUUGCAGCACGGUGUCCUCAUCCCGUUCCUGAUGGGAAGUUUGUUGUUCGUGGUGGGUGCAAUUCUCAACAGUCACGAGCAAUCUGGGUCGAUCCAUCAUGGACUAGAGCUACUAGGUCUGACUUGGAUCUGGCUGGGGAUUUUUGGAAGCAUACUGUUCUUUGUUGGGGGAUUAAUAAAUGUAGUUAAGGUGUACACGAUGCAGCAAAUUGAAGGACUAAGGCUGGAGAAACUGCGGGGAGGGGCACAAGAACGACUGAGCCAAGAAAGGGAAGGCCAGCUCCCCCUCAUCAUUGAAGAGCAGAGGACAAGGCAAAGGCAAGCCGAGGAAGCAGGACUGGUACCGGGCCCAACUCCCUAUAAGGAUGUCCUUGUCGGUCAGAGUUAAACAACCGGGAAAUAUAAUGCUUGUUGCAGUGUACAAAUUGUGUACACAAAUCAUG